AUGCGGCUGCUGUCGCUGCUCCUGCUCCUGGGCCUCUGCUGCCUCUGGGCCCGGCUGGUGUCCACAGUCGUCGUCAUCAUCGUCAUCAUCAUCAUCAUCAUCACCAUCGUCAUCGCCAUCACCAUCACCAUCUUCAUCACCAUUGUCAUUGCCAUCACCAUGCUCAUUUUUAUCAUCAUCAUCGUCGUCGUCGUCGUCAUCGUCGUCGUCACUGUCAUCAUCCUCCACACUGUCACCCUGCUUUUCCCGGUGGGAUCUCAGGCCUCUGCCUGCCUGCUGCUGCCUGCAUGGCCAGGGCCACACAGACCCCCGGGGCCAUGCCAGCGCUUCCCAGCGCACGGCAGCGUUGUGGUGGGGCCGGUGCCCGAGGGGCCCUCGCCGCCAGCAGCAGCAGGGCGCGAAGCGCCCGCCGUGGGAGCUGCAGCAUGCCUGCCCGCCCAGGCACUCCUGGGCGUCUCUGCACCGGGGCCAGCACCUGCCCGUGGCCCCGGCUGCAUGGGGCAGCUGGUCAGGCGCUCCCCCGCUCGCACGCGGAGCGCGAGGGCAGCGAAGCGGGAGCGGCUGCUCAGCGUGCGCCCGUUCCGCACCCUCCGCCGCGCCGGCCACUCCGAAGGCGAGACGCUGAGCGGCCUCGACAUCGUGUGCGCUGGGAAAUGCCGCAGCUUCACCGACCCGGCCGUGUCCAUGGACCUGCUGCGGGCUGUCCUGCAGCCCAGCAUCAACGAGGAAAUCCGGGGCGUCUUCAACAAGUACAUGAAGUUUUUCCAGAAAGCAGCGAUGAACGUGCGUGAUAAUGUCGGGGAGGAGGUGGACCCCGAGCAGCUCAUCCAGGAGACCUGUCGGAGCUGCCUGGAGCAGGCCAAACUGCUGUUCUCUGACGGCAAAAAGGUUGUUCCCAGGUUGCCUCAUGAGCAGGCAGCACCAAAGCGUGCCCGACAGAUGGAUGAGGAGCUGAAUCGUCGAGGGAGCCCUGUUCCCAAAAAGAGAAAGGGGCGGCCUCCAGGACAGAGCCUGUUGAAUGAUCGCGGGGUCUCGGGCAUGGCUGCGUGGAAGCUGAAAGUCUCUGAGCCCGUGAGAAGGGAUGGACCAAAGUGGGAUCCAUCCCGACUGACUGAAACCACAACCUUUGUGCUGGGAUCUCGAGCAAACAAAGCUCUCGGGAUGGGAGGAACAAGAGGGCGACUCUACAUCAAGCAUCCCCACCUCUUUAAGUACGCAGCCGACCCGCAAGAUAAGCACUGGCUGGCAGAGCAGCAGCACAUGAGGGCCACUGGGGGCAAGAUGGCCUACCUCCUCAUCGAAGAGGACAUUCGGGAUUUGGCUGCCAGCGACGAUUACAGGGACUCCGUCGACCUGCGGCUGGAGGAGCUGAAGCCCUUCGUCCCGCCGGCCUGGAUGACAGAGAAGAUGCAGAAGCACAUGGAGACGCUUCGCCGCGGGGGGGACGCGCCGCCCGCCGAGGGCCCCCCCGAGCCCUGA